AUGAGUUUCCAAGAUUUAGAAGCUGGAAAAGGAAGAUCGAGGAAGAUCAAUGGUGGUGGUGUUCGUCAAGAUUCAACCCAAGCCGUUGCUUCCGGUAUCUUCCAGAUCAACACCGGAGUCUCCACGUUUCAACGGCUCGUUAACACGCUCGGUACUCCCAAAGAUACCCCGGAGCUCCGUGAAAAGCUGCACAAGACACGGUUACUUAUAGGGCAGCUUGUGAAGGACACGUCAGCUAAACUUAAAGAAGCUAGUGAAACUGAUCAUCGUAGUGGUGUCAAUCCAAGUAAGAAGAUUGCAGAUGCUAAGCUUGCAAAGGACUUUCAAGCUGUGUUGAAAGAGUUUCAGAAAGCUCAACAGACUGCUGCUGAAAGAGAAUCUGCUUAUGCUCCUCUCUUGCCUCCUUCUGCUCAUCCUUCUAGCUAUGCAGCGAGUGAAGUGGAUAAGAUCCCUGAACAGAGGGCACAAGUUAUGGAGUCAAAAAGGCAGGAACUUGUACUGUUAGACAACGAGAUUGCAUUCAAUGAGGCUGUGAUCGAAGAAAGAGAGCAAGGGAUACAAGAGAUUCAUAAUCAAAUUGGAGAGGUUAACGAAAUAUUCAAAGAUCUUGCUGUUCUGGUUAAUGAUCAAGGAGUCAUGAUAGAUGAUAUUGGUACUCAUAUUGACAACUCUCGAGCUGCAACUGCACAAGGAAAAUCUCAGCUCGCACAAGCCUCCAAAACACAAAGAUCAAACUCAUCUCUGACAUGCUUGCUCUUGGUGAUAUUUGGCAUUGUACUCCUGAUCGUGAUCAUCGUACUCGCCGCUUGA